AUGUUUCCAUCUUUCAAUGUAUCACUGGUGCAAUUGAUUGCCAUACUGUCGAUAUUAUUGGUAGUACUGCCCACACAAGCGUCCGCCAAACCACCAGCAGGAUCCAAAGAGAAUGCCAAAAUGGAAUGCUUGCCGUCUGACGAGGACAUGACCUCGUUUCGAUGUCUCAAUGUUCCAGAUUCCAUGCAAUGUAUAAAUGCACAUCCCGAAUGCGAAGACUGGGCCAACAAAAAUGAAUGCAAAAGCAACCCACAAUACAUGUUGCUCCAAUGCCGGAAAGCCUGUCAAUCCUGCAUAUCCCUCCAUCACGGGGGAGUGACGCAAAUGGCGGCACAGGAACCAAGGCGGGUCGUUCAAGAAUUGGUGGAAUCCCAACAUUAUCUGUUUCGAUUGGCGAACGACCAUGGCAUCAAGCAUUUGAAAUCUUGUGUCAACAAACACGAAAUGUGCACGGAAUGGGCCGUACUGGAUGAAUGCAACACCAAUCCAGCGUUCAUGACGUUGGAAUGCCCCUUGGCGUGUCGGGGUUGCUAA